GGAGGGGCGUGGCUGGGGCCGGCAGCGGCUGCGUGGGGGCGGGAGGGAGGCCUGAGCGCGGAGCGUCCCCUGCGGUGCGGAGUGUCCGCUGAGGGCCCGCGUAAGGCACCGCGCAGGGCUGGGUGGCGAGAGCAGUGCCCGGGGGGGACCGAUGCCCGCUGGAGGGGAGCAGGGCGAGAGCGACCGUGAGCGAGGUUUCAGGAAGGUUCACAGGAGCCUGUCAGAGACGAGCGAGAAUUCCCAGAAGGAAGCGAGACCUCCCUGGCUGCGACUGGUCGCGGAGCCUUAGAGAGACCCCCCCCGCCUGGGUCUCCCCGCUCUCCAUGGCAGGGCAGAUUGAGGUCCCAGUGACCUUCGAGGACGUGGCUGUCUACCUGAGCCGUGCCGAGUGGGAGGCCAUCACCGAGGAGCAGCAGGAGCUCUACCGCAGCGUCAUGCUGGACGUCUAUGAGCUCCUGACAUCCCUGGGCAUCCAAGCAGAGCCCAUGGUGAGAAGUGAGGGUGAAGCGUUUGGUAGACAGCAGCCUGGCUUCCAGGAGGAGAAGGUGUCCCAGCAGCCCACUGACAGUGAUGCUGUUCCUGAUGUCACUGUGAGGGUGGAAACUGAAAAGGUGUUGUCCGUUGUGCAUCCCCAAGAAUCUGGUUACCCAGCAGGUCCUGGCUGCAGUGAUGAAGCAGAUGACAAGUGGAGGCCCAAGGAAGAGGUGCCAGCUCCAGUGGCAGAGGAGGAGGAGAGCCAGAGGAUGUUGUCCUCAGAGGAUUCCCACAGUCGACAGCUCACAGAUCUUUGCCUGGAGAAGGUGACAGCUCCAUCAUCCAGUGGUGGGCAGAUUUCUCCCUCUGUCGGCAGUAUGGGCACAUCUAGAGUCUUACAGUUGCCUGCCAGUGAUCAUGUGGGCCAAGGUUCGUUUGCCUGCAGUGAGUGUGGGAAGAGCUUCAUUGCAAAGAGCAAACUGGUUCAGCACCAGCGUAUGCAUACUGGAGAGAGGCCCUUUGCCUGCAACGACUGUGGCAAGAGGUUCCACCACAAAAGCGGCCUGGUCUGCCACCAGCGCAUCCACACUGGUGAGAAGCCCUUUGCCUGUCCUGAAUGUGGCAAGUCAUUCAUUUACAAAAGCAGCUUGGCCUUUCAUCUGGUUAUCCACACCAGCAAGAAUCCCUUUGCCUGCAGCGAGUGUGGCAAAAGCUUCAACAACAAAAUCAGCCUUAUCACCCACCAGCACACACACACGGGUAAGAUGCCCUUUGCCUGCACUGAGUGUGGCAAGACAUUUAACCACAAAGGGAGCUUGGUGAACCACCAUCGUAUUCACAGUGGUGAGAAGCCCUUUGCUUGCACUGAGUGUGGCAAGAGCUUCAAGCACAAAAUCACCCUGGUCAACCACCAGCGCAUCCACACUGGUGAGGAGCCCUUUGCCUGUACUGAAUGUGGCAAAAGAUAUAACCACAAAAGCAACCUGAUCCAUCACCAACGCAUCCACACCGGUGAGAAGCCCUUUACCUGCACUGAGUGUGGCAAAAGAUUUAACAACAAAGGAAGCCUUGUCAACCACCAGCGCAUUCACAGUGGUGAGAAGCCCUUUGCUUGCAGAGAGUGUGGCAAGAGCUUCAGCCAUAAAAGCAACCUUGCAACCCACCAGGCCACCCACAGUGGUGGGAAGCCGUUUUCCUGCAGUGAGUGUGGCAAGAACUUCAGCCAGAAAUUCAGCCUGCUUAACCACCAGCGCAUUCACAGUGGUGAGAAGCCCUUUACCUGCACUGAGUGUGGCAAGAGUCUCCACAGCAAACGCAACCUCAUCCAUCACCAGCGUGUUCACACUGGCGAGAAGCCCUUUGCCUGUAGCGAAUGUGGCAGAUGCUUCAGCCACAAAAUCAGCUUGGUCAACCACCAGCGCAUCCACACUGGUGAGAAGCGCUUUACCUGCCCAGAGUGUGGUAAGAGGCUUACCAACAAACACAUCCUCGUCAGCCACCAGCGCAUCCACACCGGUGAGAAGCCCUUUGCCUGCCCAGAGUGUGGCAAGAGAUUCAUCUACAAAAGCAGUCUGUUCUCCCACCGGCGCCUCCACACUGGUGGGAAGCCAUUUGCCUGUAGCGAGUGUGGGAAGUGCUUCAGCCUGAAGAGCAAACUGAUUCGGCACCAGCACAUGCACACCAGGGACAUGCCCUUUGCCUGCAACGACUGUGGCAAGAGCUUCCACCUGAAAAGCAGCCUUGUCUGCCACCAGCGAAUCCACAACGGUGAGAAGCCCUUUGCCUGUCCAGAGUGCAGCAAGAGGUUCAACCACAAAAGCACCCUGGUCUCCCACCAACGUGUCCACACUGGCAAGGAGCCCUUUACCUGCCCGGAGUGUGGAAAGAGGUUCAACCACAAAGGCAACCUGAUCUCCCACCAGCGCAGCCACAGCAGUGAGAAGCCCUUUGCCUGCUGUGAGUGUGGCAAGAAGUUCAAACACAAACUCAGCCUGGUCACUCACCAGCACAUCCACACUGGCAAAAAGCCCUUCACCUGUGCCGAGUGCAGCAAGUCAUUCAUGUACAAAAGCACCCUGGCCUUACACCAGCGCAUCCACACUGGGGAGAUGCCCUUUGUCUGCCCGGAGUGUGGUGAGAGGUUCAAGCAUAAAGGCAGCCUGGCCUACCACCAGACCAUUCACCGUGGUGAGAAGCCCUUUGCCUGCACCGACUGUGGGAAGAAGUUCCGCCAGAAAAGCACCUUGGUCUCUCACCAGCACAUCCACACCGUCGAGAAGCCCUUUACCUGCACCCAGUGUGACAAGCCCUUCACACACAAAAGUGCCCUGGCCUUUCACCAGCGCAUCCACAGCAGGGAGAAGCGCUUUGCCUGUCCUGAGUGUGGCAAAUGUUUCAGCCACAAAUUCAGCCUGGUAAGCCACCAGCACCUCCACACUGGCAAGAAGCCCUUCACCCGUACUGAGUGCAGCAAGUCAUUCAUUUACAAAAGCAGCCUGGUCUUACAUCAGGUUAUCCACACCAGCAAGAAGCCUCUUGCCUGCACUGACUGUGGCAAAAGCUUCAACCACAGAAUCAGCCUGGUCAACCACCAGUGCAUCCACUCUGGCCAGAAACCCUUUACUUGCACUGAGUGUGGGAAGAGCCUCAACAACAAACGCAACCUGAUCAGCCACCAGCGCAUCCAUACUGGUGAGAAGCCUUUUGCCUGCUCUGACUGUGGGAAGAGAUUCAACCACAAAAUCAGCCUUAUCACCCACCAGCACAUCCACACUGGGAAGAUGCCCUUUGCCUGCACUGAGUGUAGCAAGAGAUUUAACAACAAAGUGAGCUUGGUCAACCACCAGCGCAUCCACAAUGGCGAGAAGCCCUUUGCUUGCCCCCAGUGUGACAAGAGGUUCAACCAGAAAAGCAACUUGGUCACCCACCAGGCCAUCCACACUGGUGAGAAGCCCUUCGCCUGCAGCGAGUGUGGCAAGAGCUUCAACCACAAAAUCAGCCUGGUCAACCACCAGCGCAUCCAUACAGGUGAAAAGCCUUUUACCUGCACUGAGUGUGGGAAGAGCCUCAACAACAAACGCAACCUGAUCAGCCACCAGCGCAUCCAUACUGGUGAGAAGCCUUUUGCCUGCUCUGACUGUGGGAAGAGAUUCAACCACAAAAUCAGCCUGGUCACCCACCAACGCAUCCACACCGGUGAGAAACCCUUUACCUGCUCAGAGUGUGGUAAGAGCCUCACCAAUAAACGCAGCCUGGUCAGCCACCAGCGCAUCCAUACAGGUGAGAAGCCCUUUGCCUGCCCAGAGUGUGGAAAGAGAUUCAACCACAAAAUCAGCCUGAUUACCCACCAGCGCAUCCACACCGGAGAGAAGCCCUACACCUGCCCAGAGUGUGGCAAGAGCUUUAAUGACAAACGCAGCCUGGUCACCCACCAACGCAUCCACACCUGUGAGAAGCCCUACAGCUGCUCAGAGUGUGGCAAGAGCUUCCGCCAGAAAAGCAACCUGGUCAUCCACCAGCGCAUCCAUGCCAGCAACACAACUUUGGCCUGCAUCGAGUGUGGCAAGUUGUUCACAUCUAAAAUCACCCUGGCCUUCCACCAGUGCACCCAUACUGAUGAGAAGCCCCUUGUCUCCACUGAAUGUGACAACAGCUUCAACCAGAACAGUCUGGUCUCCCACCAGCCCAUCCACACUGGUGAGAUGACCUUUGCCUGCACUGAGUGUGGCAAGAAAUUCAACCGGAAAAGCAACCUGGUCACCCACCAGCGCACUCACACUGGUGAGAAGCCCUUUGCCUGCAUGGAGUGUGGCAAGAGCUUCAACCAUAAAAUCAACCUAGUCAAGCACCAGUGUAUCCACACCGGUGAGAAGCCCUUUGCCUGCACGGAGUGUGGCAAGAGCUUCAGCUGCAAAAGCAGCCUGGUCACCCACCAGCGCAUCCACACUGGUGAGAAGCCCUUUGCUUGCACUGAGUGUGGCAAGAGCUACAACCACAAAAUCAGCCUGGUCAACCAUCAGCGCAUUCACACCGGUAUGAAGCCCUUUAUCUGCAAUGAAUGUGGCAAAACCUUCAACCACAAGAUCAGCCUGGUCAACCACCAGCGCAUCCAUACAGGCGAGAAGCCCUUUACCUGCCCAGAGUGUGGAAAGAGCCUCAACAACAAACGCAACCUGAUCAGCCACCAGCGCAUCCACACUGGGGAGAAGCCCUUUGCCUGCAGUGACUGUGGCAAGAGAUUUAACCACAAAAUCAGCCUGGUCAACCACCAGCGCAUCCACACUGGCGAGAAGCCCUUUGCCUGCCCAGAGUGUGGCAAGACCUUCAACCACAAAAUGAGCCUAGUUAACCACCAGCGCUUCCACAGUGGUGAGAAUCCCUUCGUCUGUAGUGAGUGUGGCAAGAGCUUCAGCAAUGAAAUUAGCCUGGUCACCCACCAGGGCGUCCACACUGGUGAUAAGCCCUUUGCCUGCUCUGACUGUGGCAGGAGUUUCAAGAGUAAAGGCAGCCUGGUCACCCACCAGCGCAUCCACAGCGGCAAGAUGCCCUUUGCCUGUACCAACUGUGGCAAGAGCUUCAACCGGAGACAUAGCCUGGUCAACCACCAGCGCAUCCACACUGGUGAGAAGCCAUUUACCUGCACUGAGUGUGGCAAGAGCUUCACUCAAAAAGGCACCCUGCUCUACCACCAGCGUAUCCACACCAGCAAGAAGCCCUUUGACUGAGACUGUGGCAAGAGCUUCUGUAACAGUGCCAUCCUGUGAUGCCAAAAGGUCUUUCACACCAGUGAGCGACAGUCUGCCUUCCCUGAGUGUGUGAAGAGCUUCUUUUGAUGCAGCCCAGGAUGUGGUUGGCUCUUUGUGUUGCCAGCGCUCUUUGCCAGCUCACGUCAAGCACCUCAUCCACCAGCACCUCCAAGUCCUCUGCAGGGCUUCUCUCAAUCCACUUUGUUGCCCAGCCUGGAUUUGUGCUUGGAAUUGCCCCGGCCCAGGUGCAGGAUUUUGCCCUUGGCCUUGUUGAACUUCAUGAGGUUGGCAUGGGCCCACACCAGUGUGUCCAGGUCCCUCUGGAUGCCAUCUCUUCACUCUGGCAUAUUGACUGCACCACUCAACUUGGUGUCAUCGGCAGGCUUGUUGAGGAUGCCUCAAUCCCAUUGUCCAUGUCACUGACAAAGAUGUUAAAUAGCACUGGUCCCAGUACUGACCCCUGAGGGACUGCACUCAAUGCAGGUCUCAAUUUGGACAUGAAACCAUUGAUCACAACCCUUUUUAGAGCAACCACACAGCCAACUCCUUAUCCAGCCUAGCGUCUGCCCUGCAGCCAGUGCCCUCAGCAGCUCCAUCUACAUGGAGGCAGUGAUCAGCAUCAGCAUGGAUGAUGCAGACAUUAAGCCAUUCAUCACAAGCCUUUUAGAGUGACCACCUAGCCAAUUCCUGAUCCAGUGAGUGCUCCUUCCUUCAGAUCUGUGUCUUUCCAAUUUACAGAGCAGGCUGCCAUGCAGGACAGUGUUGAACACUUCGUACAAGUCCAGGAAGAUGAUGGGAGUUGUUUUUCCCUUAUUCAGCAAAAACCCUUGAUAAAAAGCUACCACACUUUUCAGGCAGGAUUUGCAUUUGAUGAUGUUAGUUGCCACUAAACUUUUCAUUUUGCACAUGCUCAGAGUCUUCAGGAGGAUCUGCUCCAUCAUCUUGCCAGGCAUAGAAAGGAGACUGACUGGCCUGUAGUUGCCCAGGUUUUCCUUAUCAUCCUUUUUUGAAAUUAGAGGUUAGAUUUCCUCUUUUCCAGUGAGUGCAAACUUCACCAGACCACCAUGACUUUUUAAGUAUGAUGGAAAAUGGUUUUGCAGCUUUAUCUGCUCAUUCCCUUGGGACCUGUGAAUGGAUCUUGUCAGGUCUGUGGACUUGUACAAGAUCAUCAUUCAUUAGAUGAUCUUGAACCUGGUUUUCCCAUACAAUGGGCAUAUCUUCAUUCUCCUGGUCCCCAUCCUUGCCUUCUGCUAUUUGGAUGGUCUGGUUAGAGCCCUUACCAUUGAAGAUAGAGGCAAAAAAGUCAUUGAACCCCUUCUGUGCCUUUUAUGUCCCUUAGUUUAACUAGGAGGAUGGACUCCCUGUGCUCCAGAGGCCUUCACCACUGUUCCCAGUGCUUUUUAGUCUCUCUCUAUAGCCUUCAGACUACUCUUGGCUGUGUCACUGAUGCCCACAUGAGACAGCGGCAGUGGCUGGUAGUCAGUACUAAGGAUGGUAGUUUCUCAGUUAUGUCCUUGACACAAGCCCUGAGUGAGCAGCAGACUUCUAUAGAGAUUGGGUCAGGUCAGCAAAUGGGAGGCUUUGUACCCAUAAGAAGAGAGCUGCCCACUGCUGUAACCCUUCUCUUCUUACUGGUUACACUCAUUGUUACAUGGGGGACUGAUGGGGUUCCCUUAUGCACCUCCAGUGACAUACUUGUUGAAGCCUGCUUUGUAGCUUAAGGGUUAACAGGUGGAACCCGACCCCGGUGGGAGUAUUCCCUCCCCUUUUCUGCCCGUCCUCUAUCGAAGGGUACAGGAAGCUGCUGCCAUCUCUCUUUUCGCCUUCCUGCUCUAGUGGCGAGCUGCGAGGAUGUGGUCGAGCCUGUUUCCACGUGUUGUGGGGAAUCCACUGCCACCCGCGAUUGGGUUUUGUAUGUAUCUAUAUACAUCCCUUCCCUCAAUCUCCCUGUACAUCUCUUUCUCCCUAAUAUCUUUCUUAAGUUAUAGCCGAGUACAAAUCCUUUUGUUUACCCUUCCUUUUCCCUGAGGCGGGGGGAGAGGGCAGUAAUCUAAACUCUGACCUGUGGGGUUUGUGCCCUGAAGCCUUUAGCGGUGACAGCCUAUUUGUUGUCUUCAACCUGCUGAGCAUUUUGUUCUGUGUGGGUAUCUUGGGUGCUAUUCCUCUGCACUGAUGCCUUCUCCUCUGUGUGAUCUGGUGGGGAAGUAUUGGGUUGGUUGAUCACAGGCUGUGGGUUACCUACAGGUUGCUCAUGGGUCUAGUUAUUUCCCUUUCCUCUUCCCUGAUGCAGCCUUCGCACCCUCUGCAAUUCCGCCGCCUUGCAUAAGUUGGCACCAACAUGGGUAGUGCAGACCCCACAGGCAGAGCUGCAAGCUUUAGUCUCCGGGAAGUGCUCCCCAUUCUGCCUGAAGGGCGGGCGGUAGGAUGGGCACCCCACUUUGUUCAGACUUGGGCACGAUGGCUUCACGACCCUCACGAUUCAGUCAGAGCUGCUCCUCCGAGUUCCCCACCCCUGUGCGCCCUUCCGUGCCAACUGCCGCCCUCAGGUACCGCUCCGGCAUGGCCAGAGCCCUGUGUAGAGCGGCCCUUCCAGCAGCUCCGGUCUGCGCCAGGCUUGGUGCCGUCUGUACGCUGCCGGAGAGGAGCGCCCAUAAAUAACCAGCGGACAGCCUCGGCAGAGGGCUGGGCUGCGCCCGGUGGCGGCAGCCGCUGCCGGAGCAGCGCCGAGGCUGCCCAGGGGCUGCGCGGGGCUCUGCCGGGCGGGCCAA